CACCUUUUGAUGACGUCGCCGGAAGUGUCAAUCACUAAUCCAAAUAACCACAUCUCAAUGACGUAUUUCGCAAGCACCUGUCAGAUUGAUUAUGGUUACUCAAGCGAAGGCGGGCGGAAUUUAACUCCAAAAAGCACGCGCACCGUAAAAAAUAUGUUGUAAGUCACAAUCUGGAGGUUUGACUGUGUUUUGCAUCAACUGACUACUCAGUGCUUGAAUGGAGAUGAACUAGAGCCGCUGAUUUGAUGCAAAGAAAUCCACUUGAAAUAAGUAACGUCGGGCCUGGUCUAGGGCUUUGAAGCGAGCAGUAAGUCGUGUUUUACAAACACCUCGGGAACAUUAACACUUAGGAUUAUCGACCAACCAAAUGGCAGUAAUCACGACAAGAUACCGCACAGUGUCAAGGAUAAUUCUUGUAACUCUAUUGCUGUUUGCCAUUUCGGUCGGCAAAGGAAAGAAUCAGAGCAGAUUUGGCAACCUUUCUGGUCAUUUCCAGUCGCCGGACAACUCAAUAACGACCACCCCGGGUUCGUUUUUGGCCUCCAUGGGGCCUGUGUUGACACCGAAUGGGACACCCAAUCUAACAGACACUACACAAUAUAGCCUUGAGAGACAGUACCAUCAAUAUAUCUCCCCUCCGUCAGGUAGCGGUGAUGGUCGGGUCCUGCUGCACAUCGGCGGGUUGUUCCCGAUGUCCGGGGACUGGGCAGGAGGGCAGGGCUGUGAGCCCGCUGUCUACAUGGCCCUCAGGGACGUGAACAACAGGACGGACUUGUUGCAGGGAUACAGACUCGUUGUAACAUUCAAGGAUAGCAAGUGCACCCCUGGGCUCGGUAUGAACAAGAUGUACGAGUUACUCUAUAACCAGCCGCCUAAGAUUAUGCUGAUUACUGGUUGCAGCGGGGUGUCAACAUUUGUGGCACAGGCAGCUAAGAUGUGGAACCUGGUGGUGCUUGCCUAUGGCUCCAGCUCUCCAGCGCUGUCCAACAGGGAGAGGUUUCCGACGUUUUUCCGCACCCAUCCCUCAGCGACACUCCACAACCCAACGCGUGUGAAGUUGUUCCAGAAAUGGGGCUGGACCCGCAUUGCAACCAUACAACAGACGGAGGAAGUGUUCACUACGACUGUGAAAGAUUUGGAGGAAAGGGCCAGAAAAGCUGGAAUAGAGAUAGCCAUCCGGCAAGACUUCCUUACCAACCCAGCCGUUGCUGUUAGAAAUUUGAAGAAACAGGACCCACGAAUAAUUGUUGGAGUGUUCUAUGAAAAUAUGGCCAGGAGAGUGUUUUGCGAGGUCUACAAAGAAAAACUCUAUGGUAAGAAGUAUGUGUGGUUUCUAAUUGGUUGGUACCCAGAUAAGUGGUAUCUGAAGCCAGACCCCAAUGUGAAUUGUACAGCUGAGCAACUGCGAGAGGCCUUGGAGGGACAUUUCACAACAGAAGCCAUGAUGCUGAAUCAGAACAAAACUGUUGUCAGUGAUGCUGGAAUUACAGCUCAAGAGUUUGAAGACGAGCUGAAAAAGAGGAUUGGAAAGGCUCCCUCUGACACAGAGGGUUAUCCAGAGGCUCCCCUGGCUUAUGACGCCAUUUGGGCACUGGCUUUUGCCUUUAAUAAGACAAUACCAAGGCUUGCUGCAAAGGGUCUGAAACUUGAAGAUUUUGAGUAUUCAAAAAGAGAAAUAAUGGAAGAGAUUUACAAUGCCAUGAACUCUACUAACUUUCUUGGAGUCUCGGGUCCAGUCUCUUUCACCUCUGAAGGUGACCGAAUAGCAUGGGUCCAGAUAGAACAGAUGGUUGGUGGUAUCUACAAUAAGACUGGUUUCUAUGAUUAUGUAGCAGACAAGCUGAUCUGGUACAAUAUCGAACAAUGGAUUGAUGGCCAGCCUCCUGCAGACAGGACACUAUUGGAGCCCACACUCAGAGUGCUGUCAGUGGGGACGUAUAUCGCCAUAUCAGUGUUUGCUGCACUGGGGAUCCUCGUGGGCGUCGGCUGCCUGCUGUUCAACUAUAAACACAGACAUCGUAGGUUGAUCCGUAUGUCCCACCCAGACGUGAACAACAUCACUGUGAUAGGCUGUAUGAUCUGCCUGUUUUGUGUCUUCCUACAAGGACUGGACGGACAGUUUAUUCCACCUGAGGUUUUCCCUCAGAUGUGCCAGGCCAGACUGUGGCUACUGUCUAUUGGCUUCCUUCUCGGCUAUGGCUCCAUGUUCUCCAAGAUCUCUGCAGUUCACAGGUGGACCACCAGGGGGAAGAAAGAGGGAGAGUUAAUGAAGGAGUGGGAGCUCCACAUUGUCCUCAUCGUCAUCCUGGUUCUGGACCUGGCUGCUCUCACUGUGUGGCAGGUGCUGGAUCCUCUGUACAGAGAGCUGGAAGAUUUCCCCCAGGAAGACCCUCCAGAUAUCCACAAAGAUGUGAAGAUAUUGCCACAGCUGGAGCACUGUGAAUCACACCACUUUAUGAUAUGGAUAGGUGUUGUGUUUGGAUACAAGGGCCUUCUACUUUUAUUUGGACUGUUUCUUGCCUAUGAAACGAGGAGUAUAAAGAUGAAACAAGUGAAUGACUCCCGCUUUAUUGGAAUGAGUAUCUAUAAUGUUGUGGUGGUCAGUCUAAUCACAGGUCCAGUGACACUUGUCAUACGCAGCCAGCCUGAUGCCAGCUUUGCCUUUGUCUCCAUAGCAAUCAUAUUGUGUUCUUUUCUCUCCAUGGGGCUGAUUUUUGUACCAAAGAUUAUAGAAAUAAUAAGGAACCCCCGAGAUGGAGCUGAGAAUGUCUCCUUGACAGAUGCUACUGUGGUUCAAGAAGAUGAGGGCAGAUACAACCAGCUAGUCACAGAUAACGAGGAUCUUAAGAAAGCAAUAUCAGAGAAGGAAGAUCAUAUUCGUCAGCUACAUAAACAUCUGCAGGAUAAAGCCAGCCAGUACCACCAGAGGUCACCACCUUUUGCUGCAGACGACACACCCCAAAAUCUUCUCAGGCGAAAAACUUCUAGAAACUUUACUGCAAAAAUGGGAAGCAUGACUUCAGACAGCAGCCCCACCCAUUACCAAAGCAAUGGAGAUAGUGUCUUUGACAGUUACAGUACUUUCACGACCUGUACAACGGCACCCACAACAGUAGCCAUGACACAUGACAAUAUCAAAACUGGCGGUGCCGCCAAGACCAACCUGAGGCAAUCCCUGAAGGUAGAGGAUGCCCUGACUAUAGGGAAUGAUGGAAAUAGUGACUCGGCCAUUGUGGCUGAUCUGCAUGUGACCCCAAAAAUAGACAGGAAAGAUCAGAAAGUGAACAGCCUGCAGGAAAAUGCCAUAAUGGAGAUUAGUCUAUGAUACUGCAGAUCUCUGUUUUUGUUUUUUCAUUUCUUUAAUUGAUAUUUACGUGGUACAAAACUUCUCUUUUAUUGACUGUGCAAUGCUCUGAUUUCAUUUAUAUUUUGGGUUUAUGAAAGUUAACAAUAAAUAGCAUGAAGUCGUAAAUAGAAGACUAUAAAUAGAACAUUGAUAUUUAGUGAACAGCACAUAUUAGUUGUGCUGUGCCUCUAUACAAGUGGCAGAUAGCACUUUCACUUGUCUUUAUUAUUUAUACUGAGGGGAUAAUGGGUCAUAUUGGCCCAGGUUUACAUUGGAUUUCUAAGGAAGUUAGUUCCCUAGUUACUGGUAGUUAAAAAUGAGUAGAAUGGGAAUAUGACAAAUCAAAAUUUUAAAUCUCCUUUGGACAGUACCCAUACCAUGGAAUUGUCUGAUGAUGAGCUAAUUCUUCCAUGGUGAUGGAAACACCCUCAGUGAAAUGGUGACUUUUUAGAAGAGUUGGCACAACUCCAGGGUCAUGCCAGCAUGUGCAUUUUAUUUAGCAUCCCCUGUUAGAAAUAUAUCUGUAUUUUAUUUACCCAUUUCUAAGUGAUGGAUGAGUCUUUGAAUUUGGGUUAAAUAUAUGCAAAAAAAA